GAUUGUUGAUUACCUGAGCUUCCAUACCUACACUAGCGCAAGGAACAGUUCAUACAUACAGGCAAGAGAAAACCUGCCGGACCCUUCACGUGCGUUAGCGGAAAGACUGAAAUUUAUGGGGAAACUCAUGCAUGGUGCAAGAAAGCACGUGCGUGGAUUGAAGACAGCCGCUUAUUUAGGGAAUGCGAUAAAGGCAAUGAACUCGCUCUAUAAGGAUAUGAAUAUUGACCCGAAUGAAGUAUAUAAGAGAAUUACACAUAAACCAAAAAGUGUUUGUCCAGAAACAUUUAGAGGAACUCCUUAUGACUAUCCGUUAUUUGACAAAGGCUUUGAAACAGAACCAUGCAAUCACGGUUUACCGAUAUGGAAAUUAGCAACCGUUGUGAAACAGUUUUGCGACAGCAGCCCUGGCAACGUCGUUAAGGAGAUUGAAUUAUUUGCCAAGUCUGUGUAUGAGUUGGCAGAUUCCAAAAUACCUGUAUUCAUAUCAGCUCACCACUCGCAACAUCCUAAUAUAAAGGCAUUGGGGCUUCAUAAUUUAGUUUCAUUCAAUACCAAUUGCUCAAGUGACGGGACGGUGUUCAACUACAUGUUGAAGCAUGUGAAAACUAAGUAUGUGCUCGUAGCACGUGAUGCUGCACGUUUAGACCACGAUGCUAGACUGGAGCGCUUGAUCAGAGAAAUAGAGAGUCUGGAUGUUAUCGUAGCUGGCGGCGCUAUCCGGUACCCUAGCGGGCACUGGAAGAAAGGCUGUUUCCAGUCCGUCUACAGAAACUACUCACUGAAAUACUUCGAAGGCUAUGAUGAGUCGCUGCACGGGUGUACCUUUUGCGAUUAUAUCCACGGCCCAUUUGUGACAUCCACGAAGUAUCUGAAAGAACACCCAUUCAAUGCCAGCUUGAUAGAAACAAAUGGCCUUUAUGAGGACUGGUUUCUGAGAAUCGUUCUUCAAAAUGGAGAAACUGUUGUUUGCCCCGAUAGCUUGUUUCACGCGCAGCGCCUGGAUACACCACAUACACGAAACAAAGAUUGGCAAGUGUUUAUGGAGAAGUGGGAUUUGGUGAAACUCUUAACUUCAGGAGGCCGCAUAAAAAAGCGAGAUUGUAGCAAGCAGGUAUUCAAAGGUUACGAUAGAAAUGCCCGAUCUCCAUGUGACUUGCAAUCUCUUGCCUACGCUGUUAAUACAGUGAUGAGACUAUGCGAGGAGAGUCAGAUUCUCUGCGUGUUAGAUUCUGGGACUGCUCUGGGAGCCGUGAAAUUUGGGAAACCACUACCUUGGGACAUUGACGCAGACAUCCAGUUUCGCUCAGCUAACUUUUCAGCGUUAUAUAAAAUGAAAACGAAAUUUGCAAAGAUGGGUUUUAGAUUAGUUCACAACGUCAAGGACACUAUUCACAUCUUUUACAAGGGAUGGACAGUUGAAUUAUUUAGUGUGCGUAGAAUAAUUACCGGUAAUCCAACUAAGCUUUUAUUUGAUAGACGGUUUGUCAAUGGUCCGAGAAAUCCGGGACUGUGGUUGCGGAAUCGCUACGGACUGGAGAUAUUCCAACAUGCGCAUCAUUGGAGGAUAACGGGAGACAAUUCGAGUUGGAUCAAUUAUAAAACAAAUGUGUUUCAGCCAUGCUUAAAUAGUGGACAUAACUGUUUAGAUAUGUAUAAUGCUGAUGGUAAUUUGCAAUUUGGUGAUAAUCUCCCUUAAAUGGAAGGUAUACUUUUAAUAUGCACCAUCAUCAACCUGAGUAGUUGUUUAGGUAGUUGUAGUGGUGGUAAUAGUCAAGGUAUGUGCGUGUUUUUUCAUGUAUUUAUAUCUGGUAGUCAAUAGAAACGCACGAAACUCUAUUAUUUAUUAUCACAUUAAUUUGAAACCUGUCAGGACGAAUAGAUAAUCGCGUCAAGAAAAUUUAGAUUCCAGAAUGGGUUUGUUGGUGUAAACGGUCAUUAUCAAUACGAAGGAAAUACCUACAAUUCUGCAAAUCAAAAUCCGAUGGGUACUUCAGUCAAUAUUAUAAGAUAAACGAGUCGAGGAAUUCUGCUCCAUAUAACACAUCAUCAUGACUUAUCGCCCUCUAAUUAUCAUCAAAGCAAGUAUUCUACUACUUCCUGUACAAAUAUAUCCAACUUUUAAAAAUAUACCCACUGAAUAUAUAGCCCACUUACAACUUGUAAUCGAUCACCGGACAAUCCGCUGUUUGUCUCCUUGUCUGUGAAGAGAAAUGUCGGCCGCUGAUCGAGCUCAAGAUGCUCAGAGGUAUUCUUGUGCACUUAAGAGAUGGUUACUUACUGGUUUUACAUCUCUUACUCAAGCCAGAUUUUACUCUUACAAGUACAAUUACGAUGGCCUGGUAUUUGAGGAUCCACCUCGUAAUCUCACCUCGUGACUGGAAGCUCGAAGGUUUGAGACAUUGUUGCAUAUGGUAGCUUCCGUAGCGGCCGGUUGGUUUGCUGCCUGAGGGUGACUUUUAGAACCACAAACUCGACAGGUGCGAAUGCUUUUCAUUCAUACCUCAUGUCGUGAGCCAAGUCUGCCCCUUUGAUUUGCCUUACAAAGUCAAGUAAGGCUAACCUAAUUGUCCAUAUCCGCGUACGGAGACACCAUGAUAAUUAUCAGACGUCGUUGCAAAUCAUCCUCGAUAUCAUUAGAGGCUGCAGCAUAUUUCAGUAUGUACGGAAGUACGACAGUUCCCACUGACGCUCUAGUGAAGUCGCAGUGAAAUCAUUAUCUGGUCAUUGAUUAAGGUGUUGACAAUCACGCUUCGGAUUAAUGACUUAACGUUACAGGUUUUCAAGAAAACUAUAUUUCUCUUUCACGGUAUCUUUGUGACCAUGAUAGUUUGUUACUGCAAGCUAACCAAAUAAUUUUCACAACGAAAGACGUUUGAAACAGCCACAGGUUCAUACAUUUAGUACAUCCAAUGUCAUUCUGUGUAAAAUCAUAUUUAGCUGCGACUCGGAUGAUGUAUACAUUGGACGCGCUAUAGCAUAAUGGUCGAGUGGCGACUGGUCAAGGAAAGUCACGUACUGGCUUCGUCUAGAGUGGCAUCAAGUAGUGAAUCACUUAGGUUAUGUCACAUUAAAUUUUUCCUUUGUCGA